AUGGGUAAUCUACAACAGGCCUCGACAUAUUCUCAUUAUACUGUUGUAAUUUACGAGAAGAUAUGUGGACCUGACCAUGUUGAUGUCGCACAUGCGCACCUAAACCUAGGUACUCUACAGCGUGAGUUGGGUAGCCUGCAACAGGCCAAGAAGUCUCUCGAUCGUGCUCUUGACAUGUUCAAGAAAGAGUUUGGAAGAAAGCGUGCCAAUGUCGCUCAGACUUACCUAAACCUAGGUAUUGUACAGCGUGAGUUUGGUAACCUGCAAGAGGCCAAGGAGCUUCUUGAUCGCGCUCUCGAAAUUUUUAUUACAGAGCCUGGAAGUGAGCAUGCCGAUGUCGCACAGACUUUCCUAAGCUUAGGUAUUGUACAGCGUGAGUUUGGUAACCUGCAACAGGCCAAGAAGUAUCUUGAUCGUGCUCUCAAAAUUUUGAAGACAGAGCUUGGAAGUAAGCAUGUCAAUGUCGCAAAUACGUACAUAAACCUGGAUAUUGUACAGCGUGAGUUUGGUAACCUGCACCAGGCCAAGAGGUGUCUUGAUCGCGCUCUCGACAUUUUCAAGACAGAGCUUAGAACUGAGCAUGCCAGUGUCGCGCGGACACUCCAAAAUGUUGCCCCUGUGCACUAUGAGUUUGGUAAUUUACAACUAGCCAAAAAGUUUUGUAACCGUGCACAAGUCAUUUUCAAGAAAAAGCUUGGACCUGACCAUGUUAAAGUUGCCAUUUGUUAUGAAAACUUGGGAAAGUUAGAGCGUGCCCUGCCACAGGGUGAUCUGCCACAUGCCAAAGAGCUUUGUAUGAAAGCGUUACAGAUUAACCUGAAAAGCCUUGGAUCCGAGAAUAUUGCUGUCGCGCGUACCUGUGACAACUUGACUGAUUUACUGUGUGGUAUGUGCGACCCUCAAGAAGCCAAAAAAAAUUAUGAACGUGCUCUAGGCAUUUGCAAGAGAAGGCUUGGAACCGACCAUGUUGAUGUUGCGCGUACCUACCAAAACCUUGGCAAAGUACAGUAUGAAUUAGGUGAACUGCAAGAAGCCAAAGAACAUUAUAAACGUGCCCCUAGCAUUUACGUGUCUGACCAGGCUUACAAUUGUACAUGA